AUGACACAUCCCCUUGAUCAUAUAGAGCCCAUUAGUGUGCGAAUCGGCUUUCGUGUGGAAUGCCACGACUUCAUGCGUAAACAUGUUAGCAAACAGCAGAUCCAGCUGGGAAUGAACGGCCGCAGGGUUUAUCGAAGCCGCCGCAAAUCAUCUGUCCCAGAAACAAGUCCCGAGCCCCUUCACCUGGAGAGUGCCGUCCGACGACGAGACCAUUUGAGCAGAUGGGGAGCCUCGAACGUCCUGAUUAUCGCCAUCUGGUUAGAAGAUCGAGAAGUUUACGAUGCGGAAGAGAUUGCAAAGUCCCUGGGCUAUGUCGAUUGCCCAACCACACCCGAUGAGGAAACAAGAAAGCUGCAUCUCCAUACUGACGAGAUCUUUAUUACGGGUGGUAUCCUAGCAUCCGAAAAUAGGAUACUUGCAGCUUUUGGAGAAAAGAAUGAAAAAGAGAAUGACAAGGUCGAGCUGGUACUGAUAUCGAAACUUACCAAUGAAAAGAGAGAUGUCUUGUCUGUGAUGAUGGCUGAAGAAGUUGAACGGGAAAACGUUAUCGGAAAAGGGGAGAUUACAAAAGGGUUGGCGUCCGAGCUAUUUCGCCGCACUGGAGCUGUGGCUUACGAGAAGUAUUACGUUCUUGUUCUGUCGAUUUGUGGACGUAACCUCAUCUUAGAGCCAGGAGAAAAGAAGAUGGUCUUUCUUAAUCGCAAACAAGAGUGCCAUUUCGAACUAGAGGAUGAUUGA